AUGGCGGUCGCGACCGCCAUGGCAAUUUCCGGCACCUUCAUUCUCUUCGCCCUUCGUCUUCAGAAAUCUUCUCUCCUUCCUCGCUCCUGCAUCUCAUCGUCUGAUGGGAAAAACAAUAAGAAGAUGAAGAAGAAGAUGAAAAGGGUGCAAUUUGCAGAGAACGUGGUGGACCCAAUCGGAGAUGGGAGAGAAUAUCGGCGGCGGAUGAGUAAAAUUGAUGUGAAGCAUGAAGAGAAAGAAAUAGGUAGAGAGAGAGAAAUGCCGGCGAAUAGGGUUGCUUUGUAUAAUGGAAUUUUGAGGGAUCGGCGUCGGUCGGCUUACUCUUAUUGA